AUGAAGCCUGAAAGGUGGGAUAAGAAGAAUUUUGAUGGAUCAAUAAAAUCACUACACAAAUUGUUCAAAAUUGACCCCAGUCAUUUUGACAAAAGAGUUAUAAGUGUUGAAGGUCUCCCAGUCAAAUUGAAGAAAUUCAAAACAAAAACCAACCACAAAGCUUGCAAAUAUAGGAUCAGGAUUGAUGAUUCAGUUGAUCAUCUUUACAUCAAACGGUUUAUAGUCAAGGUUGAAUUACUGGGUAGACAUUUGCAAAUAUGCCACAGAGAUCUGAUCACCCAACUGAAAUUGAGAGGCAAGAAAACUGGGGUGAAGUUCAAUCCUACCUGA